AAGUGCUCGGCGGCGGCGGCGGCUGCGGCGGCGGCCGCGACUGCGGCGGGGGCGGGAGCGCGGCCAAACCGGCGCACACGCGCGCGCUCCCCGCGGAACUCCCGCCGGCCGUCCGGCGCUCUCCCGGAGGCGCGCCCGAGCCGCCGCGGCCGCCACCAACAUGGCCGAGACGAGCGAGGAGGUGGCGGUGCUGGUGCAGCGGGUAGUGAAGGACAUCACCAACGCCUUCAGGAGGAAUCCGCACAUAGAUGAGAUUGGUCUGAUCCCAUGUCCUGAAGCAAGGUAUAACCGGAGUCCCAUAGUCCUGGUAGAAAACAAACUUGGUGUGGAAAGCUGGUGUGUCAAGUUCCUCCUACCGUAUGUCCACAACAAGCUCCUUUUGUACAGAACAAGAAAGCAAUGGCUAAACAAAGAUGAACUGAUAGAUGUCACAUGCACCCUGCUGCUUCUAAACCCAGACUUCACCACUGCAUGGAAUGUAAGAAAAGAGCUGAUCCUCUCUGGCACUUUAAAUCCAAUUAAGGACUUACAUCUGGGAAAACUGGCCUUAACUAAAUUUCCAAAGAGUCCAGAAACAUGGAUUCACAGGCGAUGGGUGCUACAACAGCUAAUUCAGGAAACCUCCUUGCCUUCCUUUGUGACAAAAGGAAACUUGGGAACAAUUCCUGCAGAAAGGACACAGAGACUAAUACGAGAAGAGAUGGAGGUCUGUGGUGAAGCGGCAGGGAGAUACCCAAGCAACUAUAAUGCCUGGUCCCAUCGCAUCUGGGUUCUGCAGCAUCUGGCCAAGCUAGACGUCAAGAUUCUUCUUGAUGAACUGUCUUCUACUAAACACUGGGCAUCCAUGCACGUUUCAGACCACAGUGGAUUUCACUACCGCCAGUUUUUGUUAAAGUCUUUGAUUAGCCAAACUGUGAUAGAUGGUUCUGUAUUGGAGCAAAACCCUCUGAGAAGUGAGCCAGCUCUGGUUCUUGCAAAAGAUGAAGCAGCAGCAGCUUCAACAGAGGAAGCAAGGAUAAAUCUUCCCCAUCUUCUCGAAGAAGAAGUUGAAUUCACCACUGAUCUUAUUGAUUCCUACCCAGGACAUGAAACCCUUUGGUGCCACAGGCGGCAUAUUUUCUACCUUCAGCAUCACUUACGUGGUAGGUUUCCUCACAGUGUGACCCCAUUGUCACCUGCAGACAGCCCUGGGGGAACUUCGAGUGACUUGCACCUCAUCCCAGGAGGCCCCCACAUGUCUCAGGCCAUGGAGGUGGAUGGGCUGAAUGACUCUAGCAAGCAAGGCUAUUCCCAGGAAACCAAACGCCUGAAGCGGACCCCAGCUCCAGACUCUCGGGGCCUGGAGAUGGAGCAUAGGUUCAUCGAUCAAGUAUUGUCCACCUGCCGGAACGUAGAGCAGGCCAGGUUUGCCAGUGCCUACCGGAAGUGGCUGGUUACGCUGAGUCAGUGAGAGAGGUGGAUUAGUCCUGCAAGGUUCCCCCUUUCAGUGCAAUAUUGCUUUCCUUUCUUACAUAGUCGCAUGAAUUGUUUGCUGGUAUGUGUUCUUCAUCUUUAGGUUAAAAGUCCAUAGUAAAUCUUUAAUUUUAUUUAUUUUGUUAAGAACUGGCAUUCCUUUGGGGAUAAAAUAACUGUGUAGUUUCUUCCUGCUAAACAGUGAGUCUUAAUUUUUUUCUUCUUCUCAUCCUUUAUAUUUCUAUACGUGAAGCUUCUUCUCAUUUGGUUCUCCUAAUUGGUUCACAGAUACAUCUACCCACCUCAGUGCAGUUGCUUGCUGUAUAGGCUGGUUUUUUUCAAUUAAAAUUUUAAGUUGUAGUUCAGCCUUAGAAUAGUACAAGCUCAAAAUUACUCCAUCUAAUUACUGCUUUGAGAAUCAAAUGGCCAGAUAGAUGGGAUUUGCAAAAAUAUAAAUCAUGUCUCUUUCUCGACUCAAGUUAUCGACCAGUGUAACCAAAGUCAGAAGUAUUGGAAUUUAUAUAAAAAACAUGCUUCCAAUGUGUAAUCCAUUUUAAAGUGGUUAUUUUAAAAGAAAAACUAAUUUUAAGAGUUUAUGUAAUUGCAGUACUGGGAAUUAUUUUUAUUACUAGUUUUGAUAGAUUCUUUUUACCUCAAAUUUGGUAUGGGCCAAAAACACUCACAUUAGCCCUUAUAUAAACCUUUUUUUUUUUUUUAACCUGGAAUGCCAUUUUCAGUUAUUACUACUUGUUUUCCUUUUAAAUUCACCAUGAAAAGUGAAAUAUGCAUGGAAAUGUAUCCAUAAACAAUCUUCCUUUGUAAAAAUUUAAGUUCUUGAGGAUACACUUAAACCACACCAUUUUUAUGAAGUGGUUAUUACAGAUUUGCUGGCAAAAGCCAGGGGGAAAGAAUAGAUUUUGAAGGUUAGGUCUUCAAUCUUUAUUUUAAAAAAUAAAACAACUUAAAGACUUUGAUACUAAACUUAUCAGGGAUGAGGUACCAAAGUAGCCACCGAACAGCUGUAUCUUAUUUCUCAGUAAUAAGGGCUGGGUUCUUCAGGUCUGUGGGAAAAGGGCCGGCUAAUGUUUACUUUCUGAAUACGUUUCCCCCCUUUGUAAAUGGUCUGUGUUUGUUCUUUCCCUUCCACUUAUCUCUUCUUCAUUCUCCCAGUCCCUUCCAUAUUUUUUGACACUUUCACUUUCGUAUGUUUUUCCUUACUCGUCUAAUUUUAAGGAUGUGUUCUGAAGACAUUCUCCGUCCUCUUUCCACCGAAUCCCAUACCCCAUUAAACACACAGACACACACAAUAUUCACAGGAACUGCCCUUUCAAAGGUCCCCUAAUGAUGGAAACCGCCUGUUGUCCUGUGUGUGUGUGUGUAGGAUGCCACACUGCAGAAGUAAGUGACCGCCGUGCUUUGCUUGUUUUUUUUACUUGCUAGGUCACCUUUAGGGUGAGGGGACAGAUGUAAAGGCAGACUUCUCCUAGUAUAUAUUAUGGAAGCCUUGUGCUUGAGCGAGGCACACUGCCUUAAGCUUAGGAAAAGAGCAAAUUCUUUAUUUGUGCAUCAUGAUUUUGCUGAGUAGCAAACUGUCAGGGGAGACUUGAGAAUACCAGAAAAACUGUCCAGCCUGGCCCUUGUAGACAGAAUCUGCUUUUCUCUCUUGGGGCAAAAUUUCAUAGUAUUUAGGUAAGAAAAUAAUUGCCAUUAUGAACAUAAUCCCAUGGCCCUUUGUCUACAAAUACCUCAAGGUCUACCUAGACCUCUGUGGAUAAAACCAUUAGUUGAUGAUUUUCUCUACCUGCAGGGGAUAGUGGGGAGACUACACAGAGAUGACAGGAGAGAUUCAGCCCAUUCCACUGGAUACAUGUUGCCAGAUCCUGGCCUCACUCAGUAUUCCCUUCCAAGCAUCAUUUUCAGUAUCCCAAGUAAUAGGGCUUCCUCUGCUUUGAUGUGAGAGUGUCAGGACAGGAGUAUAGACAGUCCCCUGUGAACCAGCGGCUCCGCGCCUUUUUUUACCCUCCAUACGGUGCCCUGCCCACCUUUGACGUUAUCUGUCUUCAUGUGUUUUAAGGCCCUUCAUACACCCUCUUAUGAAGCCAUGCAGUCCUUUACGAUAUCUCGGUCUCUUCUUCCUAAUAAAGUUUUGAGUAGGCAGUAAAAACACAAACAUCCGAAGGAUACUUAGCGUUUGUGACUUUUGUGUGCUACUUAAUUUCUAACGUUCGCAUUUUUCCAGUGCUGAUUCACAGAAAAACCUAGCAUUGCCCCAUAUGGUUGUGUUUUUUUCCUAAAUGGUUGACAUCUAAACUCAUUAGCUGUAGCAUGGUAGUAUCUCUUUGAGUGAAUAAGUUCAUGCUGUGGAAAGGAUGUAUCUUUUCAGGGACUUGUUAGUCUUUACCUUUUUUUCUAUAAAUAUCCUUGUUGAAAGAAAAAGAUAGUUUAGAUUGAUUGACACAUUUCAUCAAACUUUCAUUAGGAGAAUAGUCGGCCAUCAUACUGUCCUGUGGAUCAAGAAUACUACUGACAAGCCAAAAGCAAUAAGAUCUGUAAAUACCUCCACACCACCUUCCUCCCCGGCCCCACCUUUUUUUAAGUAUACCUGUUUUGGUAAUUUGGUGUUCCCAGAUUCUACUGUGUGCCUUGCACAUGGCGAGGACUUAUCAAAUGUUUAUCAAAUUAAUAAAUGAUUCACUGAAAAAGGGAAAGAUUGAUCAUGAGUAAUGGAUAGAAUGAGUUAUGAUUGAGAAAUUGAUAAGUUAGAGCAAUGGAUUGUGAAUGAAUGAUACAUUCUAGCCUCAUGAUACUACAGGUGAGCUGUUACAUAUAGAAUAAGUUAAUUUAGAUGAUUCUUCAUUUAACGACCUUGUUUAAGCUGUUAAAUCCCAGCCAAGAAAUGCAGCUCUAUGAUUAUGAAUUAACUGUACUUUAAUAUAUAUUAAAAAUUCAUAGAACAAAGCUCAUUUGCAUUAAGAACACCACUUUCUGUUCAUUUAUGGUAUUGGAGGACAGAUCUUGGCAACAGAGCCAGAGACUCUUUGGGGCAUUUGAAGGAAUUCUUUGAUUUCAAAGACUUGUUGAUUUGUAUUUGUGCAAGGAUAGUCAUUUUAUGCUUCUCCUUUUCUCCUCCCCAGCUUGAACUAUAGACCUUUUAGGUAUUUCUUAAACCUGUGUGAGUCAUUUUCUUUUUCUCUUAUUAGGUUUAAGGAUUAGAUACCUGUUAAUGACCCCUUUUUCUUUUCCAGGUUUUAGCAUUUUUGUUACGUCUUUGGAAACUCUGGGCCCAGACUCUCAGUCAUAUCCCUUAUUCCUAUGUUGCUAGACACGGUCCCGUGGAGUUUUUUUUAUCCAUUCAUGACAUAAUGAUAUGAGCAGGUAGGAUGCUUUGGUUUGUAUUUCUUAGUUAGCAUUUUUAAGUGCCCUGCCAAGAAGAAUUAGUUCUUCCCCUGUGACAACUAACUGUUUGGGGAUUGGAGGUAUUUAGAGGACAGCGUGUGCAUAAUUACAGGUUAGUCCGAAACGUGUGCGGCCCAUGUUCAAGGGAAACAGUGGCACUGUGCCUGAAAAGAAAGGCCGUAUGAUUGUCGUAAAUGAAUCCUUUGCCUCACUUUAAGGGUUUUAAGAAUUCCCUCCCAAAUUCUGUGUUGGAGGAAAAGAAGUAAAUAGAUGAAAUUUAAAAUAUGGCAUUUUAUGUAUUUGGUUACAGGAGAGGGGAGGGAUAGAGAGUCCAUAUUUCAAGAUUGCAGAUAACUUUUGAUUGUAAUUUCAUAAAAAUAUACAGCUAAAGAUUCCAAAGUGUUUUUCAGAGGACUAUUGAAUAAUAUAUUCCUAAAUGGCAGCAAUAUGUCGUAGUUCAUAGUGGAGACAGAAAACCAUUGUGUCAGUUGUAGGGGUGUGUGUGUGUGUGUGUGUGUGUGUGUGUGUGUGUGCACGCGCGCGCGCGCUUGCAUUGCAGGAGGCACCUCUGGCUCUCAACCUGGACAUCUGUAUUCUCGUUAGGUUAUGUUAAGACUGUAAAACCAAACUCUGUGCUAAAAAAAAAAUAGAGAGGAGUAGCUUAGUCUGCUGAUGAACCUUUGUGCUUCCAAGAAUAUUAGCUCUUAUAGGUUGUGCUUUUUGGACAAUAAUAUGGUCCACAAGGCUGACCCUGGCAUUCUUUUAUUAAUCUGUUAUUCCUCAGGGUGUAGAAGAUUUAGUAAAUUUAGGACAAAAUUUUAUAUUCAGUGGCAAAAAAGAAAAGGCAAAAGUAUGCUAAAUAUAUUACUAGCUCUUAAAACUUUAGUAUAGAUAGUAUUUUUUAUAAACCCCUACCAGUGCAGUAGCUCAUAGACGCUCUGUGCCUGCCUCACUCUUCACCUCGCUGCUUCAGUCCCUACGGCUCUAUUAUGAAUGUUCUCUUAAUGUCUUCUGCGGAAACAGUUUCUGUAAUGUAUUGUUUUCCACGUUGGGCAGAGGUGGGGGUGUUUCAGUUGACAUCAUUUUGUUUCUGGAAAUCCUGUUCAGGAAAUGAUUACCGUUCGUUUUCAAACUGACAACUGUUUUGCCUCCUAAAACCUCACUUUCCCUGAAAGAGUGUUCUGUGUGCAGACCCCGUAUGUGUUCAGUACAUUGCAUGAUGCCUCACGCCUUGUAGGAAUCCAACGGGGCGCAAUCGUUAAAGGCUAGAAAGUGAAAACUAGCCUCCCUCUGUCUCGCCACCAUUGCCCACAUGCGUGGCUUCAGGAGAAAUCCAGUAUUGUGCGGAAGGUACAUAAUUAGCUUCAAACCAUGUAAGGCAAGAUACACAGCUGCAUCACAUUGUAAGUGAAAUUUUGAUACUUUUAAGGCAUAUAUAUGUGUGUGUUCACAUAUAUGUAUGUAUAUAUGUUUAAACGAGAUUUGGAACUUGAAUUUAUAUAGUGAUUUUACAGAGAAUUUUAUUUAAAGGGUUUUUAUUUUCAUAUUUGCUUAAAGUGCUCCUAUUUAAAAGCAGUUUUCUUUAUUAAACCAGCCCCCUCAAGCAAAGUUGGAAACCUAACACAAGUGCCAUUUGCCUGAAUUAACCAGAUAUUUGUGUAAAAUGUUUAUUUUUGUCUUUGGAUGCUUAUGCACCAUGACAUUCUGGCUUUUCUUCAUACCUUUAGGGAAUCAGCCUUAAUUUUAUGUAUGGCCAUCACUUUCCUCAAAGUACUAUGCAGCUUACUUCAAAUGUUUAUUUAUCUUUAUAAAGUGAUCAGUAAUACAUAUUGAGAUUUUUUUUCAUGUCCUGGGGUGAACAGUUUCACACGUUCAGAUAGUGACUCAUAAAGCAUUUUGUCAGAAGUGCUCAAGUAUUAUCUUCCCUCACCAGUGUCAUCUUGCAUUUGAAGCAGGUACUUUUUCUUAGUGGUUAAAGAAUGAGUAUAGACUGAGUGCAGUCAUAGUAGGUGCUCAAUAAAUAUUUAGUCAGUUAUUGAUCUCAUGGCAAAUUAACAGCUUUCGGAGAGGAAACUUGUUAUCUUUUCACGGAGGAGCAUAUUUUUAAAGCAAUAUAUGUUUGAAACUGAAAAAAUUACAUCAUUUGGCAUCAAUUACUAGGCUUAUUUAGGCUGGAGUUAGUAACAUGCAAUAAACGUACUGUUUGUGUAGAACACGGUCUGAAGACAGGAGAUGGGGAAAGUUUAAGCAGCAUCUUUUUGUGCAAGGCACAUUAAUAAAUGUGAUUAAAUAUCUUAAUAGGCUGCCAAACUCAAGAGAGAGAGAGAAUUACUGUAGACGCCUACAGUCGGUUUCUCUGUUGGUGUACCUGGUGUUACCUGGCUUAGGUUCUAUUUAUUUCUUCUUAAAACUUGGUUGCUUUCCAGUGUCUUCAAAGUGGUAAUGGUAAAAUACAGAAUUAUAUUAAAUAACUUCUCCUUGUUUUCUCAGAACAUCUUUAAUAUGAGGGAGAAAUUUUUAUGAAAGAUACAGUAGUUUCAGAAUUUGCUCAUUUGUGACUUUCAGAGCAUCUUUGACAGAGCUUACUCAGUGUAAACAGAUUUAAACGGUUGAAAAACAAACAUUCCAGCCUGAGCUGUGAGGAACAGAGUGUGUAAUACAAGUGUAAUUAGGCAUCGCCUCCUGGCGAGGUUCUUGAUGCAUGACUGUGAUGCUGGCCUCUGACUGUGGUGACCGCUCAGUAUUAUAUUUUGGUGGUGUUCCUGGGAGAAUAAUGAAAUGUGUGCUAGAUUAAUUUGUAUUUGAGAUGGACACAAUAAAAGAUGAUGUGGUAUCAAUAUGCCAGGGAUUUAUACACACUAUUACUGAAAUUUUUUUUAAAAAGAGGAGGGGAAGAAAAUGACAAAAGGUCAGUGAUAUUUUUUAAUAGCCUCUAAGAAAGUUUUUUUUUUUAAGUCCAAGUCUCUUAGACACUAAGCAGUUGCUAACCUUAUUUAACACUGUGGAACUUUAAGGGAUAGUUCUCAGAUACUGUCUGCUGUUAGAAUUGACGAUGUGUGUGAAUUUUACAUUGCUUGCAGAUUUUCCAAAAAAUGGAGUAUUUAAGUUGCAGUUUAAUGGUUUUUAAAGAUUUUCUUGUAGGUCGUGGUUCAGUGGACAAGUUACAUAUAUGAUCUGUGGUGCAAGGUCAGAUCCUGGGCAUUAAAGAUAAGUUUGGCUACCUUAAUUUUACUGAAGAUACUAAUUGUUUCCCUCUGAUUGCACUGUUAUUUUUUUUUUUAACUAUUUUCCUCUGUGUUCCAGUCUGCAUUGAAGUUCCUUUAGCUCUCACAAUACAUAGUAAUUGACAUUUCUCAAGGAUUAAAUAUUUUGUGAAUUCUUUUUACACUUAAAAUGUGUAUCUUGCAGAGGGAUAAAAAUUAAUUUUGCAGUAAAGUAUGUGCAGAGUGUGCUUACAGUGUCCUGGGAGUUCAUACUCCAGAUUACUUAAAGUAGGAUAGCUAAAUUCUAAGGCUAAUAAGUGACUGUAGACUAUCUGUAUGAGCACUGUCCAGUAGGAAGAAAUGGGAGCCACAUAUGUAAUUUUUAAUUUUCUAGCAGGCACAUUAAAAAAGAAACCCAUGACAUUAACUUAACUAUUUUAAUUAACCCAAUAUAUUAAAAAUAUUUCACUAUGUAAUCAGUAUACAAAAUUAUGGAGAUAUUUUGCUCCCCCCCCCCCCCAUAGUAAGUUUCUAAAAUUCAUUGUGUAUUUUGCACUCACAGUGCCUGUCAGUUCUGACUGGAUACUUUGUAAGUGCUCAAAUAGCCAUGUGUGGCUAAGGGCUGCUAUAUCGGACCGUGCAGGUUCAUAGGGUACAAAAUUUGACUUUAUUUUAAAUUGGGGAGAUGGUGAGGUAGGCAUGAAAUUAUGGUACUUUAAAAAUUAGUAUACUUAGAAAAGUAUCUAAUACAAUUAUCCACAUUGUCUACAUUUUAAAUUUGCUGUAGAAGUAGCUCAAUCUGUUCCAAUUUGCCAAGCAUUAUCUAAGGAGGAAGAAAUUCCAUGCCAUGUAAAAUACCAUGAUAUGCUCAUUAUAACAACACAUUAUUAACACAUUUUUCAAUGUGUUCACUAAAUUCAGUCCUGUCUCUUCAAAAUAAUAGCUUAAAUUGCAUGUUAAUUGUGUAUCUGUACUUGUUUUGUUUUUAUAUUAUUCUUAUAAUAAUGUGUAUUAACAAACAGCCCUAGGAUUCUAAUCUUCCUAUGCAUCUGUCUUCCAGUACUUACUGGUACACUUAUUAAGUUGUUACAAGUGGCAGAAAAGUAGAAUGAACCAUCAUUUUUUUUUUUCAUUGUUUUUAUCAUGUGAUCAUGUACCAAGCCAGCUAUAAAUUAUUGUAUUUCUGUAGAAUAUGAAAAAUAGUGUUUAUGUCUUAACUUUGCUAAAUGUUUGCAAUUUCUAAGUAAACUUUUCAUCUCCUAA